CCUCGCACCGUCUUGUUCAGCUGCUCAAGCUCGUAGGAUACAACGGCAACGGGUGACGUCCGUGUAUUUUAGGACGCAUCCGCUAGUGUCGUCCCUCCCAGCAUCCGCAUCCGCGUGACACAAUUGUUCACUUGUUCUUGGUUUCGGUCUUACAGACCGUCACCGGCAGGCAGCAGCCUUGGCGGGUUGGUCUUGUGUCAUUGUUUCCUGGCUGCCAUCAAUGGAGGUGGUGAACAGGUACGUCGCCACCCGGCACCACAUCGAGGGCGCCCCGACGGAGGCCGAUUUUGAGGUGAAGGAGGAGAUGGCGAGGUGGGCGCCGGACUCCGGCGAGGUGCUCGUCAGGAACCUGUACCUGUCCAUCGACCCGUACCAGCUCAACCGCAUGAAGCGGAGCAGCGUGACGCACCUCGCCGUCGAAGGCAUCCUGCCCGGCCAGGCUGCUUCUACUCUAUUAUCUCCGUCUCCGUCCGUGAAGAGGAUCACUACGUACGCGGCCGGCGAGGUAGUGGCGUCGGCGUGUGAGGAGUACAAGGCGGGCGACAAGGUGGCCGGCGUGCUCGGGUGGGAAGACUACACGCUGUUCAAGCCGUCCCCGGCCGUGGUCAUGUCCAAGGUCGCCGACGACGCCGCGGGCUUCCCCCUGUCCCACCACAUCAAUGUGCUGGGCACCAGCGGCAUGACCGCAUACGGUGGCUUCUUCGAGGUGUGCAAGCCGGUGAAGGGGGAGAAGGUGUUCGUGUCGGCGGCGUCGGGCUCCGUCGGCAGCCUCGUCGGCCAGUUCGCCAAGCUCGCCGGCUGCUACGUCGUCGGGUGCGCCGGGACCGCAGCCAAGGUUGAUCUGCUCAAAGGCAAGCUGGGAUUCGACGAUGCUUUCAACUACAAAGAGGAACCUGACCUGAAAUCGGCGCUGAAGAGGUACUUCCCCGACGGCAUCGACAUCUACUUCGAGAACGUGGGCGGGGAGAUGCUGGAGGCGGCGCUGGCCAACAUGAACCCCUACGGCCGGGUGGCGCUCAGCGGCGUCAUCUCCGAGUACACGGGCGGCGCCCGGCGCGCGGUGCCGGACCUGCUGGAGGUGAUCUACAAGCGUAUCACCAUCCGGGGCUUCUUCGCCUACGACUUCUUGUCCAAGUUCGCGGAGUUCAACGCCGUCAUCGGCGGCUGGGUCCGGGACGGCAAGGUCCAGGUGCUCGAGGACGUCUCCGACGGGCUGGAGAGCGUCCCGUCGGCGUUCGCCGCGCUGUUCCGCGGCCAGAACGUUGGCAAGAAGCUCGUUAAGCUGGCGUAGAAAGAACCGUCGUCCGUGGAGGUAGCUAGCAUCCAGGAGCAUGUACGUUCGUCUGUCAUGCAUGCUGGCCGUGCCCGUCAUUCAGCACCUUAGGCUAUCUGGAGCAGCCUCUUUAUACCACUUUCUAAUUUACUCUAUCUAUCUCAUCAUCUAUUUCAAACUCUAAUUUAUCUCCAUUACAAAAUAGUAUUUUGCACAUCUAUACGUGUAUGCUAUGCUCCGCUGGAGAUGGCCUUAGCAAUUCAUUGAAGGGGUGCUUCGAGGCUUUA